AUGAGCUGUCCGGCCAGUGUCAACUGGGAGUUUCCUGAUUCUGAUGAGGAAGAUGGCAGGGAGCUUUUCAGCAAGCGCCGCUUCGGAAAAGUUCGGACGCUUCCGAAUCUGCUCAACAGCUCGCAUGCCGAGAAAGUUUGGACGCCUUCUGCGCUCGAAAGUGCAGCCGGGGCUCUCCACACGCCUGACUUCCAACCGCGGGUGGAAGCCACGCCACUACCGGCUGCCAGCGCCCCUUCACUCCUGGAGCUCGGCCGCCUGUUCAUCAGGCUGCAAAGCCAGGCGGAGGAAGUCGACGUUCACUUUAUCCAGGCGGCGACGGAUGAGCUGAACGAUCGCUACCAGGUGGGCUUCAGCCCCGCGGACGCGGUGCGGAUCCACGCCAUGCUCAGCAGCCAUGGGAGAGAGGAGAUCACACGCGAGAACUUCAUGCAGACUCUCCGGGAUCUCCUUUCGGCCGUGGUGGGCUCGAAGACGCACCUCUCCUUUCGGCAGCUGCGCGUGGUCAUGGCUACGGCCUUUGAGCGCUUCGACAUGGAUGACGAUGGCCACAUCUCGGUGGAGGAGUUUGCCUGUGCCUUGCGCAGCUUUGGCAUUCACCCACGUCCCGCGGAGACGAUGGCGCUGUUCCGCUUUCUGUCCCCGGCAUCUGAGACGGAAGCCCUGGCUCGCGAGGAUCUGAAAAGCCCCACCUCUUUCACCGAGCGAUGCCAAGUGGCCUUAGGAGGUGCCCAAGAGAAAGCAGCCGAGACCACUGGCUUGUCGAGUGCCGCCAAGGUGCUCGGGACAGAGGAGCCACUGGACACGGAUGGUGCAGAGAUCUUGAUGGGAACGGUUGACCUCGCGACGACUGCGAUUGCAGCCGGACUGGUGCUGAUGCACACCCACAUGCACCCGCACGACGCGGGCCACGCAGUUUGCUGGGCCUCCCAGUGGCUGGAGCAGAUCCGCGGGGCGAUGGACAGCAUCUCCUCGUCCGUCGAGGAUGUAUUCGACUCUGGAUGUUUGCUGCCGCUGGUGACUUCCACCUUCCUGGGCGCCCUGAAGUCGCUGUCGGCCAACGACCUGGUGGCUUUGGAUGAGAACGAGGCCUUGCUGUAUGCCCGCAGCUUUCACGACAAGGAUUGCUCGGUGAGCACUUUCCACCGGCUCCUAGCAUGUGGCGGCUGUCGAUGGGGCGAGGCAUCGGCGGGCGAGAUGCUGGCUUCGCCCCAGGAGUUGCGCAUCCUGGUCCGCGGCAGAGCUUUGCACACGACCUCGCAGGAGGAGGUGAAGCCUGGCGGAGUCCUUCAGAGUUCUUUUGAGGACCAGGUGGUGGCUGCUGAAGCCGUAACUUUCGUCGCAUGGGACAAGGAGAAGCUCCGGCAGUUCAUCCACGACGCCCAGGACCUUCAGGUCGUCAAUCUGGUGGAGGAGAUGAUCCGCGAUGCCUCUGCUGACUCUGAGGUCCGCCGCGUCCGCACGCCGAAGGACGCUGAGGACUCGCACUCGUGGCUGUCACCCGUCCUUGCAGCUCUCACAGAGCACGCGAAGCGUAAAGGCCUCGCGAGCUGGCUGUACUUGCUGGAGGGCUUGCACCACAUCCUGGACCGCGAUGCAUCCGCGUGGGAGAAGAUGGACAAGUGCCGCUCGCUGGUACUGGACAGUGCUGACAGCUGCUUCGAAAGUGCCUCAGCAGUGACUGACCUCUUCGCGGCAGCAUCCGUGCUGAUGGGCUGGCAACAGUCCCAGGAGCUGUCACCGGACGAGAUGUUGCAGCUGGCGCCGCUCCUGGUGCUCUCUGCGUUGGUGGCCUGCAGAGUCGCGAGCUCUCUGGGUGGUGAGCGCGAAGGCUCUGGAUUUGAGGUUCACGUUCCGGGCCAGGUCUAG